UUGAUAAUAGAAAUAUUAAGACACGUUGAAAUUUCACGACCAUGAGGUGGAGAGACAUGAAGCCAUUUUUGUUGCAUUUGCUUGUUGCUUUGCUUGUCGGAAUCAAGUGUGGUGCUUCACAAUCAAUCGUGGAAACCCUCCCCGGCUACGACGGAGCUCUGCCUUUCAAACUCGAAACAGGAUAUAUUAGUGUGGGAGAGGAUGAUGAAGUUCAGCUUUUUUACUACUUCAUCGAGUCCGAAAACGACCCAGCUAGAGACCCUUUGCUCCUCUGGCUCAACGGCGGCCCCGGUUGCUCUGCCUUUUCCGGCCUCGUUUAUGAAAUCGGCCCACUUGCCUUUGAUGGAAGCUUUCCUUCUUUCCUAUUGAACCCAUAUUCAUGGACUAAGGUUGCCAACAUUAUAUUCCUAGAUUACCCUGCUGGAACUGGAUUCUCAUAUUCCAACAAUGCAACAACCUUCCCGAUCUCCGACACAAAUGCAACUCUACAUAAUUACUCAUUUCUACGCAAGUGGUUGUUAGCUCAUCCUGAGUUUAUCAAGAAUCGUCUCUAUGUUUCGGGUGACUCUUAUGGUGGCAAGAUUGUUCCUAUGGUUGCUCUUGAAAUAGCUAAAGGCAAUGAAGCUGGAAUAGAGCCAAUAAUGUCUCUCAAAGGUUAUAUUAUUGGGAAUCCACUGACAUAUGAAGAUCAGGAUAUGAAUGAAAAGAUACCUUAUGCUCAUAGAGUGGCACUCAUUUCAGACAAACAAUUUGAGCGAGCAAGAGUCAGCUGUAACGGAGAGUAUGAGAAUCCAGAUCCACAUAACAUUGAAUGUUCAUUUGCUCUUUAUAGCAUCAAUCAGUGCACCAAGGUUAUCAAUGGAGCUCAUAUUCUAGAGCCAAAAUGCAAAUUCCUAUCACCAAAACCAAGUGGUUCUAGAAAGUUCCAACCGUCUAUGGUAGAUGAUCCAAUCGAUAUCCUAUCCCUCUCCAGCGGAAAUAAACUAACAUGCCGUAAUAUGAGAUAUGCGACCUCCUACACGUGGGCUAAUGACGAAACUGUGAGAGAUGCUCUGCACAUCAGAGAGGGGACGGUACCUGAUUGGACGAGAUGUAACAAGAGCUUGAGCUACGAAUAUGACAUAGAAAGUGUUGUCGAGUAUCAUCAAAAUCUGAGUGAUAGAGGCUUCCAAGCCUUGGUGUAUAGUGGCGAUCACGACAUGGAUAUACCUUACAUGGCCACGUUGAAAUGGAUACGCCAACUGAAUUUGUCCGUGUAUGAUGAGUGGAGGGCGUGGAACGUUGAUGGUCAAGUUGCAGGAUACACUGAGCUAUACAAGAGUAAGAUCAAGGAGGCUUACCUCAUGUUUGCUACAGUCAAGGGGGCAGGGCAUACGGCACCAGAAUACAAGCCUCGGGAGUGUUUAGAAAUGUUAAGAAGAUGGUUAUCUCUCUUCCCACUCUAAAUUCUCUCACAUCUUCAUUUCUGUAAUAAUUUUCCAUUCUUGCUUGGAUUAAAGCACGUGGGAUUUUCUAUUCAUGUUUUUGUAUGUUUUGGUUUCUAUCUUUGUACCCAUUAGCACAAGUUACUUUUUUCUUGUGUUGAAGCAUAGUCGUUACAGUCUUUUUGUA